AAGAAAACCCGGAAGUGACGUAUAAAAUUAAAAGCUACGCUGACUCCAUUUUCUAGUUGGAGUAUAUCUGUUGUCGAUUUACUUUAUUAUUUCUUUAAAGGACCAAUUUAUCCAUUCCUAUUUCAUUUUAUUGUUGAAAUACAAAUUAUAUUUCAAGAUGGGAGGCGGAGAUCUGAACUUAAAAAAGAGCUGGCAUCCCCAGACUAUGAAAAACAUCGAGCGAGUUUGGAAAGCUGAGCAGAAACAUGAAGCUGAACGCAAGAAGAUCGAGGAGCUCCAGAAGGAGCUGAAGAACGAACGAGCCCGAGAAGAAAUGACCAGAUAUGCAGAGGAAACCGGUGCCAUCAAGAAAAGAGACGAUCGCCUGGACUGGAUGUACCAGGGUCCUGCUGGUCAGGUGUCCAGAGAUGAGUAUCUGCUGGGGCGCCCCAUCGACAAGCAAAUCACUGAUCAGUACGAGGAACCAGAGAGCGGGCCGUCAGCUGAGACGGGCCUCCUGCCAGGGUCCAUUUUCAACCCCACCACCCCCGCUUCCGGCCUCGAUCUGGCUUCUAAGAUCAGGGAGGACCCCUUGUUCCAGAUCCGGAAACGUGAGGAAGAAAAGAAGAGAGAAGUUCUCACUAAUCCCGUAAAAAUGAAGAAAAUCAAGGAAAUGCUGCGGCAAAAUCUUGAAAAAGACAAGAAAAAGAAGAGGAAGAAGGAAAAGAAGGAGAAGAAAGAGAGAAAAGAAAAGAAGCACAAGAGGAGGAGUUCAAGUUCGAGCUCAGACGACGAAGAGGACAAACACAGGUCACACUCGAGAGACGAGUCCACAGACACGAGAUCUCAUCAUCUUCCAGGAUACGGCCUGCAGCUUCCUGCCGGCAGACAUCAGCAGGCCCCGGCGGCGUCGAGUCACUCGGGCCGCAGAGAGAGGAGCCGGUCACGAUCUCCUCCCCGGAACCACAAGGACGGCCGCUCGUCCUCACACAGGGCUGAGAGGAAGGUGGAGCCCAGGGCUCCCAGUCCACAGUGGUACCACCGACAGAGGAACCACGUGUCAAAGAAGCUUUCUGCGGAGGACCUGGAGAAGAAGAGACGUGAGAUGAUGAGCCAGGCUAAGCAGCGAGAGGAGGACCGGGAGAACAACGUGAGGAGGUACAAGAGGCAGGACGAGCAGGAGAAGCAGCGGGAGCACAACGUCAAACGCGACCGACACGCUGGAUUCAUCCACGACAUGAAGCUGGAAAGCGCCGCGAGCUCCUCGUUGGAGGACCGCGUGAAGAGAAACAUCCACUCCAUCCAGAGAACGCCGGCCUCCCUUGACAACUUCAUGAAGCGGAACUAGUUUGUUCCGAUCUUCGUCUUCUUUCAAACGUUUAGUCUCGGAUGAACGGAUGAUGCGACUCCGUCUGUGGCUUUUAUUUUGAAAACAGAUAUUUGUUUUUCAGAAUAAAGCUUAAAGAUUACCAGUUUGUCCUCGCCGCGUCAAAAAGCUUUUAUAGACUUGAUUUGUUCUUUGUACAGUUUGUUGUUGAGUUUACAGAAUUUGUUUUGAACAGAUGGUUUUUGUAAUAUAUGACCUUUGAACAAGAUUAAAUACAAU